AUGACCGCCGCCGGCACCAAGCGCACCACUCCUCCCAUCGACGUCCACCAGCCCCGCCCGCCGGCGCACCGCAGCGAUGCCGACGACGAUGUCGUGGGCAGCCAAGGCGGCGACUCGUCGAGCACCACGAGCCAUGGUAGCGGCAGUGGCACCGACGACGACGACGACGACGACGAGCCAAGUCAUGGCCCGACGCCCAGCUCUUCUCGACGCCGAAUCGAUGGCAAGGCGCCAAGGCUAUCGCCCUCGCCCUCGCCCGCAGCCCAACACCGCCGUACGCUUCGUCGAGACGUCCGGCGGCUGCUAGCCAUCGGCGACCACGCUCAGGCGGCAGAGGUCUGCACCCGCCACCUGGCCCAGCUGCGGCGGCAGCAGCAGCCCAACACCCGCGCCGCCACCGACUCGGCCUUCCUCCUCGUCAGCCGCUCCAUGGCCCGCGAGCGCGCCGGCUGCCUCGACGACUCGCUCAAGGACGCAAAGGCCGCCAUCCGCAUCGACCCAGACAACCCGAAGCCCUACCUCCGCGCAGCCUCGGCCCUCGCCGCAGCCGGGCACGUCUCAAACGCCCGCUCCUGCCUCGCCGCCGCCCGCAGCAAGCUCUCGCUCGCCUCGUCGCAGGCAGAGCACGCCUGGACAUCGACCUCUCCGUCGGCCCUCGUGCGCGGCGCCAAACGACGGGCGCACCUCGAACACCGCAUCGCCCGCCUCGAGGCGUCAAUCUCGUCCCGCCCGCUCGCCAGCCUGCCCCUCGAGCUCAUCCUCCGCAUCCUCUCGUUUCUCGACGUCAAGCAGCUCCUCCGCACCCUCACCGUCUCGCGGCAGUGGCGCGCAGAGGUCCUCGCCUACCCGCCCCUCUGGCGCCACCUCGACCUCACCCAGCUCGUCUCGCUCCACCAGAUGCGCCAGGAGCUCAAGAGCGACGGACGCCGCACCCGCAGGGCCCUCGAGCGCUUCUGCCACCUCUCGCGCAACUCGCUCGUCAGCCUCCGCCUCAGCGCCGUCGGGUCCCAGGACAGCGUCGACACCAUCCUCGCACUCGUACGCAGCAACGCCGCCACCCUCGAGCACCUCCAGCUGGACCGCUGCACCGCCCACCAGGUCCUCGCCAGCGUGGUCCCCGCCUGCCAAUCGCUCAGGUCGCUCGAGAUCCAGCACCCGCCCUCGAGCCGGUACAGCGUCCAAGAGGCCGACGCCAACGGCGGCUCCAUGGUCCGCGCCGGCCUGAGCUCAAAGGUCGCCGAGCGACUCUCGACCAUCCGCCUCGAGACGUUCGGCGUCCACCGCGAGGCGCUGGCCAUGUACCCGCAGCUUGCGCCCAUGCUGUCGCAGCUCCGCGUGCUCAAGGUCUGCUCGCCGAGCAGGAUGUGCUCGCCCUUCGCCCACCUCGAGCUGUACGACGCCUUCGCCUUUGACGCGCUCGCGCAGGCCCACGCUACCAUCGAAGAGGUGCGACUGUCGACGUGCCAGCAGCUGCCGAUACGCUUCGAGGGUGCUCCGCCGCGCAACGAGCCCACCAGCCUCGUCUUUGAGCGGCUGCGGGUGCUCGAAGGCUGGCUGCCGCGCGUCGUGCGCGGACGACGCGAGAUGCGGCGCGAGACCGGCCUGCACUUUUCCUUUCCGGCGCUCCAAGAGGCCGAGGUGGGCUUCGAGUGCGACGAGGACGAGGAGGCCUUCUACCGCCACAGCCCUCGCAUCGAGCGCCUCUCGCACCGCUGCCAGCUCUACCCGCAGGGCACCCGGGAGCCCACCCGUCGCAUCGCGAUGCUCGAGGACCUGCGCGCGCUCUCGAUCGCCUACCGCGCGCAGAUCGGCGAGGAUCCAGCGGCGAUAUGGCCCAGCCUCGUCCCGCACCGAAUCCGAGGCGAGGACGACGCCGCCGUCGUCAAGGUGGCCUGUCCGAAGCUGACGGAGCUCCGCAUCGAGUACGCCGACCGCGACCUGACGGGCACCCUGCUCAUCCGGCUCGUCCUGCUCCGCCUCUACCUCUCCAAGGGUCUCACGUUCGACGAGGCCGUGGCGCGCGCCAGGCCGGAAAAGGCUCCGGGUCGAGCGACGACCUCUUUCUCGAGGGCCGGCGCAGCGUCCUCGAGCUCCUCGCCCUUCUCCCGCGCCUCGGGUGCAUCGGCGCCGGCGGCGUCGGCACGGCCCGACAAGCUCUUCUCGACGGCUGCGACGAAGACGACCGACGACGACGACGACGACGACGGAGGCGGGCGCGUGGCGUGCUGUGCCAUCGUCAGCCUGCACCUCCGAGGCUGCGACGGCGUGAGCGACGAGGCGGCCGAGUUCCUGCGCAAAGUCGUCGCCGACUUUUCUUACUCGCCUUGA